CAGGAAGAGGAAAUGGGGGAGUGCGCUCUCCGUGCACUGACUUCGCAAAGGGCUGUAGGAGCAGAGUAGUUGCUGCAGGGAUGGACACCCAGAUGCAGCUGCUGGUCUUUGCCAACUGGAGCACCCUGCUGGUGAGCAUGGUGCUGAAAUUCCCGCAGAUCCUGUCUGUCAUGGCGGCCAAGUCCGCGGAGGGGCUCAGCCUGAACAGUGUGCUGCUGGAGCUCAGCGGAUUCCUCGUGUUUCUGCGAUAUCAGAUUUACUACGACUACCCCAUGGAAACCUACCUGGAGUAUCCUAUGCUCAUCGCGCAAGAUGCUGUUCUUUUACUGUUUAUUUUUCACUUCAGUGGAAGCCUGAAGAGCGCGGUGACCUACGUGGGCAUGUUUGUGGCGUUAUGGAACCUGCUGGUCCUGCGGAAAUGGAUGAUUGACGUGGCGCUGAAUCUAUGUACGGUGAUCAGCGCUUCAAGCAAAGUCCUUCAGCUCCAGUACCUGUGGAAGACUAAGGAUUCGGGCCAGGCCAGUGCCCUGACGUGGGCUUUUGCCACAUACACCAGCGCAACUAGAAUAUUUACCACUUUGAUGACCACAGGAGACAAGGCUGUUCUGCUCCGGUUUGUCGUGGUGUUAUUUCUGAACGCGUGGGUCACCCUGGUAAUAAUGAAAUACAAGAAGAAGAAGAGCACCAAAGUCGAAUAAUCCCAUUAUUACGCCGCGGGUACGGCACCUCGGAAGCAUUCCGCUCCCGUCAUCUUUCGGUGUAGCAGCGCGUGAUGGAGCAACGCUUGCAUUUCUUGUCUGUACGUAGCGUUACAUGCACACUGCGGCUUGCGGAGCUCUUCUGGUUUGGGUUAGAGCGAGGUUACGGGUGUAUUUUAUUUUUAUAUAAUUACUAUAUUUUAUAUAACGCUUAUUAGCCCGAUCCCUGUCCCAGACUGCGGUGGAUUUUGCUACCUUGCGCGUGUCCUGUUAAACUAAAGGCUAAAGAGAGGAUCUUAUUUUUGUAAUGAUUUUUAUUAAGGUUUAUGGGUAGGCUUAACCAUACACGUCGCACCAUUUAUUACACAAAAACAGCAGAAAACAAGAUUUUUUUUAUUCUGUGGAAUGUAUUGUAUGUAAAAAAAUUAAUACCAAUAAAAUGAAAUGUGGAGAAUGGUAAUGGGCUGUUUUGCAUUUAAUGAACAUACACCAUAAAUAAACCAUACAUUUUUAA